AGCAGUGUUACAAAACGAUCCGUCACUGUUAAACAAUGAACACGCUUAUCAAAGUAAAUUGUUAUAAAUACAGCAUCACAUCCUUAACUCGAUGUAAUUGCCGGAUGUUUUGCGCACAUGGGCGUGAAUAAUGAAAAAAAAACAAGGCAAUAAAUGUCGUUGAAUGAUUAAUUAAAACGUUAUUUGUUACAUUUAAAUAGCGACGUUAUUUUAUGUAACGUUGACGCGUAUACGUGGGUGCAACCACGUUAAGAGAUAUGUAGGUCGUUUCUUAGGAUAGGAUUUCCAAUUAAAACGGGAUAGGUAAAAAACAUACGUUACGGAUCAACAAAUCAAGCACACGGUGAAUGUAUAAAUAAAAGGCACAUUCUCAACGAAAUGCGUAACAAUCAAUUUGUGGGAGUUUGAACAAAAAGUCGAACGAUAAUCCUGGAAUUUCGGGCAAAUCGUAUUAAUAUGAAGAUCACAUCAAUCGUACUGUGUAUCAUGGUGGCGGGGGCCAUUCACCACUCAGAGGCAUGGCUAUUUAAAGACAUUAAAAAAGCGUUUACAGAUGCUGGCAACGCCAUUAAGGGCACGGCGCAAAAUGCGGGUAACGCCAUCACAGGUGCAGCCAACGUUGUAGGAGAUACAGUCAAGACGGGCACUGACGCAGCGAAAGAUGCCAUUGUAGAUGGUGCAAAGAUUGUGGCAAAUAUUCCUAUCGUAAAAACAGUUCAUAAAGCUGGAGAAGGUUUGGUUAACGACGGAGUCAAUGCUGUUGGUGGCGUCGUUAAGGAUGGUGCAGGCGCCGUUAAGGAUGGCGUAAAUAAAGUGAUAUCGUUCUUUGGGUAGUUAGCUAGACCAUUUUGUUACUGUUUUCAGUCGAUAUAUAAAAUAUUUCUAGAUAAGUGAUGUACAUGUAUCGCGUUAUUUAAACAUCGAUGGUAUUUAACUAAUUUGGUGACAGUUUUCAGUCAAAAGAUAAAACCUUACUUGAAAUGUUAAUAAGAACGUAUCUCGCUUAUGAGGCAUAGUUUAUUUUGAAUGGGUUUCCUUUGUUACCUUUUUUUGUUUUUCAUUUUAAAAGUUUGCUUUACUUUUUCAUUAUUCAUGUGUUGAAUAAGUUUUAGUUUGUGUUCAUGUGUGUCUGUUUGCAUACAAUGUUAUGUAAAUGUGCUUUUUUCCUGUUUAGUUUGUGCGAUUGUAUUCAAAUAAAAUUACACGUGAAAAUG